UCUGAGGGUAAUGUAGGGUAGGGUAAUGCAGCUUGCAGCGUUUUCGUGAAGCUUACUCGGGGUAGUAGGGCAUCCAAACGACUCGUUAUGAAAAUACACUCCCAUUGAGAGUCGCAUACGGUGGCGUGCGUAACUUUUGUGGACUGGCAGAGCGAAGGGAGGAACGAGGAACGAGCAAGGGCUAGCUCACAUUGAACAAUCCAACUUUUCCAAAUGCCUCCAAGUUGAGCUUAAGAAGACAGUGUCGUUGUCAUUGCACAACUUCAUUCAGUUUUCAACAAUGAUCAAGCAUGGCCCAGGAAUGGCCCUCUGUUUAAAAUUUGUUGCGAACAAAGUACAUUCUGUCGCACCGCUCGUCGUCAAACUGUCUCAUGCCACUGUCUGCUCCAGAUCGACAGCGAAACCAUGCUUCAAAUCUCCGUUUCUACCUGAGUGUCUAGCUAAUGGUGAUACAUCCUCUUCAACUAAUCCACCAAAUACUAAAACAUUUGUGGAUCCAUUAUCAAAUCUUGAACAGGAUCGUGAACAUAAGAGUGAUUUGGAUGUCACUAGAUUUAUAUCAUCCUUAAUCUUUGUUGGAGAAGACUCCCGUACCACUUUUCAACUCAGACAGUCUUCAUCCAUUGGUCCCUGCAGUGCUAAUUUGCUUGGUGCUCAAUAUCAUGGGACAACUGAUGCAUUACAAUGUGAUGAAAUCUCUAGCGGUUCUUACCAUCCACAUGAAAAGAAAAGACCAGUAAGUUGUAGUUUAUUGCAUUCUGGUGUUGAGUUUAAAAAUUCUUCUCCUGUUAAAAGAGAAGAAGGCUUCAGUCCCAACAAUGCCCAAAAUGAUGAACGACUGGAUCCUCUAAAGCCCCCCACUGAAGAGCAGCUUCAAAAAGUUCUUGACACAUUAGCUGAUGAUUUACCAAGGUUUUUUAUAAGACCAUUCAAUUAUAAAAUAUACCACAAAAAUAUUAUAUUUGAGGAUAAUAUAAGAGGAAAAAGAUUUAGUGGAUUUGAUCAAUACUUCCUUCAAGCAAAGUUUUUUUAUCUCCUUAGCCAUCUGAGGUUUAUGUAUGUCAAUUUAGAUGUGUUAAAAAUUACUGCACAUCCAGAAGAUGGAACGGUAAAAGUUCGAUGGAAGGUAUCUGUGAUAAGGAUUCGUAAACUACUUGGCUGGAAACUUCUCAACAUAAGAUCGGGUUUCAGCAACAGUAAAGAAACGUGGAUAGAUGGAUUCUCCACAUACUAUGUAAUGGGUGAUGGCUUAGUGCACAAGCAUAUAGCAGACAAGAUGAUGCCUGAUAGAGAGCAGAUGAUAAAGAAAGAAAACACUACAAAAACUGUCCCUGUACCCCAUCCGCUUGCAUAUUCAGAUAGAAACAAAAUCUGACUGAUGAAAUUGUUAAGAUGCAAACUGAAGUCACUUCACUUUAAGUCCAAUAGCCGGUUCCAGCAUUCCAAGUGUGCAGACAGGAUAUAAAUAAACAAUGCAGUUCCAUUUUA